GCAUGCGCGAAAGGAGGCCCUUCUCUCACGGUCUUUCCCUGAGCAGCAGCUGUUGAGUGUGGCCACCCCCAACGUCCUUGAAUAUGUAUACCUGUGCAAAGUUCGUCUCUGCUCCCGCCCUUAUAAAGAACAGUUCCCAGCUGCUCUGUAGGCCCAUCUCUGCCUCUGUGCUGAACAGGCCUGAGGUCAGGACGAAGGAGCCUUGUUGUCUCUCAGGUGCUCACAGUGAGCUCUUGCCAGUGUUGCACCGGGAGUUCCAAACCAGCACUGUUUCCAGGGACACUGAUACUGCCGCCAAGUUUAUUGGUGCUGGCGCUGCCACCGUAGGUGUAGCUGGUUCUGGUGCUGGCAUCGGGACCAUAUUUGGCAGUCUUAUCAUUGGCUAUGCCAGAAACCCUUCCCUGAAGCAGCAGCUCUUCUCCUAUACCAUCCUGGGUUUCCCACUCUCUGAGGCCAUGGGGCUGUUCUGCUUGAGGGUGGCAUUCCUCGUUCUCUUUGCAAUGCGAAGGAGCUGGAUGUGCUGCCUGUCAUGUGCUCUCCUCUCUUUUCCCCCUGUGUUUAGUCCAGUGUGUACGACAACCUGAUUGUUCUGUGGCAGAUAGGGGAAGCCCAUCUGUUAACCAAAUCUGUCCAGCUCAGAGGGGGCAAAUAAAUAAAUAUUGUAUUGGUAUACACACACACACACACACACAAAAGAUAAAACAUCAAACAUUACAAACUUCCCUAAACAGGGCUGCCUUCAGAUGUCUUCUGAAAGUCAGAUAGUUGUUUAUUUCCUUGACAUCUGAUGGGAGGGCAUUCCACAGGGCGGGUGCCACUAUCCAGAAGCCCCUCUGCCUGGUUCCCUGUAACCUCACUUCUUGCAGUGCGGGAACUGCCAGAGCUGGACCUCAGUG